AUAUAAAUAUACUUACAUGUAGAUUGUGUCAAUAAAUGAAACGCAUAUUUUCAUAAAAUUUAUGUUAUUAAAAUCGUAUUAAAUCUUGAUAACUUGAUAUAUUAUAAAUAUAGAUGAUUGUAUAUUAUCGAUAUUAAAAUUUUUUUUAUGUGCAAAUCUUAAUGAAUAUGUUUUUAUACUAACUAUUAUAUAUAUCAAGAUGUUGAUUUUUUGUAACGUAAAUAAAUAAUUUCAUAAUCAUUCUAUUUAAAAAUAAAAUUUAAUUCAUGAAUAUAAUUAUAAUAACGGAACUAAUAAUUUUGAACAAUGUAUAAAUCAAAUCAAGAACCUGAUAUACCUGCAGCAUUAGGUCUAUUGUCACAUCUAACAAACGACGAACUAAAAGAAUUAUUAAAUGAUGAUUCAAAAUUCGAAGAUAUUGUGAAAGAUGUAAAACAGUUUAAAAAUUUAGAAACUGAAAAGGAAUUAUUAAUGGCAAGUAACACAUCUUUGGCAGAGUUUAAUUUAUCAAAACAACCUGAAUUACAAGAGGGUAAACAAAUAUUAAAAGAACUUAGUGAAAAAGGAAAUAGAUUAUGCAUAAGUGUAAAAGAAAAAUUAGAAGAAAUAAAAAAUAAAUCUGGGGAAAUGACUGCUGAUACUGCAUUAGAUUUAUUGCAAACAGCAGCAGCUGAAAUUGAAGAAGAAUCAGAAACCAUAGCUGAAAAAUUUUUGGCUGGAGAUAUAGAGGUCGAUGAAUUUUUAGAGCAAUUUUUAUCACGGCGUAAAUUAAUGCAUCUACGUAAAGUUAAAGUAGAUAAAUUAAGAGAAUUAAUAAGAAAAUCGCAUACUAUGACUAGUGGUCCUGGAUAUCCAAUUGCUAGUAAUUUUCAUAACUUAAUUCCUGCAAUUCCUUAUCCAACUGGACCUGUUUCAAUGCCAAUGCCUGUACCAUCAGGUUUAUCACAUUAUAGGCCAUAUUAAAUUAUAUCUGAUAUAGAA